AUGAAGACAUCAACGCUUCUUCAAGUGCUUGCCGUUGCUUCUACAACUCUGGCCCUCUUUGGUGGUCUCAGCAAUCUUUUCAACACUGAGAAUGAGCAAAUUUUGUUGAUGAACGAAAACAUGGAAGAUGAAGCAUCAUAUAAUGCUGAUCUUUCUGCUGUAUUUCGUCAAAUGAGUCACCCACCAGAGAUUUUGAACACAGCUUGGAGAGAUAUGCGUGAUAAAUUAUCGCCUUCUAAAAUUGCCAAAUUGAUCAAACAGUACCAACUGAAAUUAGACUCACCAAUGAAGAAAUUGAAGUCUGAGAACAAGGACUCCACCAAGUUCGAAAUCUUGUCCAGUAGCAAAUUUAGUGACUAUUCGUUGAGGAUCAAAAAUACCAAUCCUGAAGUUUUGGGACUUGAUACCGUCAAACAAUAUACUGGAUACAUUGAUGUGGAAAGCAUUGACCACCACUACUUUUUCUGGUUCUUUGAAAGUAGAAAUGACCCAAAGAAUGACCCGAUUGUUUUGUGGUUAAACGGUGGACCUGGAUGUAGCAGUGCUACGGGGUUGUUCUUUGAAUUGGGUCCCUCCUCAAUCAACUCGACAUUAGAGCCAGUCCACAAUCCGUACUCGUGGAACUCAAAUGCAUCAGUCAUAUUUUUGGAUCAACCUGUUGGUGUUGGUUAUUCCUACUCGGGUGGCGACGAAGUCAGAAACACUGACACAGCCGCCAAAGACGUUUAUGUAUUCUUGGAGUUGUUUUUCCAAAAAUUUCCCCAGUUCCUUCAAAACAAAUUCCAUAUUGCUGGUGAAUCAUAUGCUGGACAUUACAUUCCAAGAUUUGCUAGUGAAAUCAUCAACAAUGCCGACCGCUCAUUUGAAUUGGCAUCGGUUUUGAUAGGUAACGGAAUAACGGAUCCCUUGAUCCAGGCCGGUGAAUAUAGACCAAUGGCAUGUGGUCAAGGUGGAUACAAGCCCGUUUUAUCGGAUGAGCAAUGCGAUCAGAUGGAGCGCGACUACCCAAAAUGCGCAAAUUUAGCUAAAUUGUGUUACAAAUUUCAAAACGCAUUUUCUUGCGUUCCUGCUCAAUAUUACUGUGAUCUCAAACUUUUGCAACCGUACAUGGACACCGGUUUGAACCCAUACGACAUUAGAAAACCUUGCGCCGAGGAAGGGGGUAACUGUUACUUGGAAAUGAAUUAUGUUGAUGACUACUUGAAUUUGGAUUAUGUGAAACAGGCCGUUGGUGCAUCCAACAUUGACAUCUUCACCUCCUGUGAUGACACGGUAUUCAGAAAUUUCAUCUUAGAUGGAGAUGAAUUUAAGCCAUUCCAACAAUACGUAGCAGAAUUAUUAGACCAUGACGUUCCAGUUUUGAUUUACGCUGGUGACAAGGAUUACAUUUGCAACUGGUUAGGAAAUUACGCGUGGGUAAACAAGCUAGACUACGAACACGGAGAGGCAUUUGCCAAUCAGCCUUUGAAACCUUGGGUUCCUGCAAAGAGUGCAGUUGCUGUAGACGAUGCAAUGGAAGCUCAAGGGACAAAAAAGCCAGCCGGUGAGGUGAAGAAUUACAAAAAAUUCACAUUCUUGAGAAUUUACGAUGCUGGUCACAUGGUUCCAUACGAUCAACCAAGCAACUCCUUGGCAAUGCUCAACACUUGGAUCCAAGGCGAUUACUCACUCGGGUAUUCCCCUCGUUGA